AUGGGCGGCGGCGCCUCGCCCGGGUACAAUGCCUACCCGGCGUCGCCCCCGGCGCAGGUGAUCCACCACGCGCCGGCGCCGAUUGCCGCGGCCCCGCCGGGCAUGCCGCUCGGGACCCACACCUCGCAGGUGGGCGGCUUCCCGACCCUGGUGUCCUACGUGCCGUAUGUCAUCGGCGGCACGGCCACCGUCUACCCCUCGCCGCAGUUCAACCCCAACCAGCAGGCGGAGAUCCUGCGCCGGGCCAUGAAGGGCAUCGGCACCGAUGAGAAGACCGUCAUCCAUGUGAUGAGCUCCCACUCGACGGUGCAGCUCCAGCAGAUCACCCUGGCCUUCAAGACCAUCUUCGGCCGCGACCUCAUGAAGGACCUGAAGUCCGAGCUGUCCGGCAACUUCCGCAAGGUCGUCCGCGCGCGCUUCCGCUCCCUGGCCGAGUACGACGCCGCCUGCCUGCACAAGGCCAUGCGCGGGGCCGGCACCGAUGAGAGCUGCCUCAUCGAGAUCCUGUGCACCCGUUCCAACCCGGAGAUCCACAUGAUCCGCGACGCCUACUACCGCAAGUACAACAAGGACCUCGAGCGCGUCAUCGCCAGCGAGACCAGCUUCUCCUUCAAGCGCCUGCUGGUGUCCCUGGUCCAGGGCAACCGCUCGGAGAACCACUCGCCGGACUUCCACCUGGCCUACUCCGAUGCCAUGGAGCUGUACCGCGCCGGCGAGGGGCGCUGGGGCACCGACGAGUCGAUGUUCAACAAGAUCCUCUGCCAGCGCUCCUUCCCCCAGCUGCACGCCACCUUCGCCUACUACUCCACCGUGGCCAAGGGGUCCACCAUUGAGCGGGCCAUUGAGCGCGAGUUCAGCGGCGACAUCCGCCGCGCCAUGCUGACCAUCGUCCGGUCGGUGUGCAGCCGGGCGGCCUUCUUCGCCGAGCAGCUCCACAAGUCCAUGAAGGGCAUCGGCACCAACGACCGCACCCUCAUCCGCAUCGUCGUGUCCCGCUGCGAGAUCGACAUGGGCGAGAUCAAGGCCGCCUACCAGGCCCUGUACAACCGGUCCCUGGCCAGCGCCAUCCACUCGGACACCUCCGGGCACUACCGCCAGGCCCUGCUGGCGCUGGUCAAGUAA